AUGGCUAUGAACGAUCUCUCUGACAUUAUUCGGGUCAUUAUACCACUCCUUGUUCUCUCAGUUGUGUAUACUCGUUGGGCGAGAUCUAAAGCUCGCCUUCCUCCAGGACCAACCCCACUCCCCUUACUAGGAAACGUACAUCAAAUCCCUUGGGAAUACCAGCACAAAAGUUUUGCUGAUUGGGGCAAGAAGUAUGGCCCAGUUGUUUUUGCCAGAAUCUUCAAUAUGCCAAUCGUCAUUUUGAGCUCUAUUCAAACAAUCGAAGAUCUUUUGGAUAAAAGAGGUGCUAUCUACUCGGAUAGACCUAUUGGCAGCAUGUACAAUGACAUGGUGGAGUUUACGGCAAACACUGCGUUUCUUCCGUACAAUGAUCAAUGGCGCCGACACCGUAAAUGGCUCCAGGCAGCCAUUGCAACUCCAAAAGCGAUCGAAAGCCUCUGUCCACUACAGCAACGAGAAUCCCUCCGACUGCUUGUAGAUCUAGUCAAUUCGCCGGAAGAAUUCAUGUUACAUAUCAAAAGAUAUCCAGCUGCGUUGAUGAUGGAGAUUGCAUACGGACGCCACGUCUCGUCAAUGAGUGAGGAUAAACUGGUAGGACUCACAGAUCAAGCACUGGAGGAGCUGGUCAAACUCGGUGGUUUCGGAUCUACCGUUGUUGAUUUUAUACCAUUACUCAGGCACAUUCCAGUGUGGUUUCCAGGUGCAGCAUUCAAAAGAAGAGCGUUGAAGAUUCGAGAUAUGAUUCACACCUCAAUGAAUACUCCUUACAAUAAAGUUAGAGAAGAAAUGUUGGCUGGCUCCGCGAGGCCUUCAUAUCUACGGAUGUUACUGGAGACGUAUCCCAGGGACAAAACUCCAUCACGAGAAGAGGAGGCCGAUAUGAAAGGGUCUGCGACUUCUAUGUAUGGCGCGGGAGCUGAAACGACAACAUCCACACUGCAAUCGUUCCUACUUGCGAUGAUUCUCCACCCGAAGGUGUUUCAGAAGGCUCAAGCCGAAAUUGAUCGUGUGAUUGAGAGUUCUCGACUUCCUGAUUUCGAGGACAGAGACUCCCUUCCAUAUCUCGAGUGCGUUCUAAAGGAGGUGUAUCGAUGGAACACCCCUGUACCCCUCAGUAUUCCUCACCGACUUAUGGAGGAUGACGUGUACAACGGAUUUCACAUUCCGAAAGGGUCAACCAUCAUUCCGAAUGUUUGGGCAAUCGCGAUGGAUCCAGAUAUGUAUCUCGACCCCGAAUUGUUUUGGCCCGAGCGUUUCGAAGGCAUGGACGAAGAGGAAGCAGAUCUCAAAGAUCCACGGAGGGUGGUGUUUGGUUCCGGUCGACGAAUCUGCCCCGGACGACAGCUUGGGGAAAGGAGCAUCUGGCUUGCAGUUGCCAGAAUAACGGCCACUUUUGACAUCAAAAAAGCUCGCGAUGCUUCUGGAGUGGAGAUUACUCCUGAAGCCAGCUUCCCUCCCGGAUCGGUCAGUCAUCCUAAACCUUUUGUCUGUGAUAUCCGCCCGCGUUCCGAGAAAGCGGCCAUGCUCGUUGACCAGUUGAACAAGAAGCUUUCUUGA